AGAGUCCUUGUCACUCGUCGGUGCUCUUAAAGUCACUCUUCUCUCCCCCAGCUAGCAUUUCUCUCUUUUCCCACUCUAUAAUCCAAGAGGCAAAAUCUCUCUGCCUCUGGGAGAAGGAUUCUUCAUCUUGUUAUAUACCCCCUUGUCAAAAUGCCGCUAAACUUGGCGGGAGGUGCCAUUUCGGCACUGCUAUACCUCAGCCUCACCGCCACUCUCUUCGCCGUAGUCACCGCUGAAGAUCCCUACAGAUUCUUCCAGUGGAAUGUCACUUACGGCGACAUCUACCCGCUCGGUGUUCGCCAAAUGGGAAUACUAAUCAACGGCCAGUUCCCCGGCCCGGAUAUUAACUCCGUCACCAAUGACAAUCUCAUUAUCAAUGUCUUCAACAGCUUGGACGAACCUUUCCUCCUCUCAUGGAAUGGUAUCCAGCAAAGACAUAACUCAUUUCAGGAUGGUGUAUAUGGAACAACUUGCCCAAUACCACCAGGGAGGAACCUGACAUACAUUCUCCAAGUGAAGGAUCAGAUUGGGAGUUUCUACUACUUCCCUUCCCUUGCAUUUCACAAGGCCGCCGGUGGUUUCGGAGGCAUCAGAAUUCUCAGCAGGCCAAGGAUUCCGGUUCCUUUUCCGGAUCCCUCCGGUGACUAUACCGUUCUCAUUGGAGAUUGGUACAAAUCUAACCACACGACCUUGAAAGCUCAUCUUGAUGCUGGUAAGAAGCUGCCUUUCCCUGAUGGAAUCCUUAUCAAUGGUCGCGGGCCCAAUCAGUUUUCUCUCACUUUUGAGCAAGGAAAGACUUACCGGCUUAGGAUAUCCAACGUUGGGUUACAACACUCGCUCAACUUCCGCAUUCAAGACCACAAAAUGAAGUUGGUGGAGGUGGAAGGAACACACACCCUCCAAACUACCUACUCAUCUCUUGAUGUACACGUUGGCCAAUCUUACUCCGUUCUAGUAACAGCUGAUCAGCCCGGACAUGACUACUACAUUGUGGUUUCCUCUCGUUUCAGCACACCGAUCCUCACCACCACCGGCAUUCUUCAUUACAGCGGCGCUGGGGGACAAGUCUCUGGCCCGCCCCCAGGUGGGCCUACCAUCCAAAUUGACUGGUCUUUGAACCAGGCUCGCUCUAUUCGGACGAAUCUUACAGCAAGUGGACCAAGGCCGAACCCACAGGGAUCAUACCACUAUGGACUCAUUAACUUAACCAAAACCUACAUCCUCGCGAGUUCUGCUGGUCAAAUAGAUGGCAAGCAAAGAUAUGGAAUCAACAGUGUGUCCUUUGUCCCAGCAGACACUCCAUUAAAGCUUGCUGACUACUACCAAAUCAGUGGAGUUUUCCGUGUUGGAAGCGUCUCAGACAGGCCUACUGGUGGUGGAUUGUACCAAGACACAUCAGUUUUGGGUGCUGAUUAUAGAACAUUCGUAGAAAUUGUGUUCCAAAAUGACGAAGAUAUAGUUCAGAGCUAUCAUCUUGAUGGUUAUCAGUUCUUUGUUGUUGGCAUGGAUGGAGGCCAGUGGACAACUGCUAGUAGGAAUGGGUACAAUCUCCGAGAUGCAGUGGCUCGUUCCACCACUCAGGUAUAUCCUGGUUCAUGGACAGCAAUAUAUCUUUCACUUGAUAAUGUGGGAAUGUGGAACUUAAGGACCGAGUUCUGGGCACGACAGUACCUUGGACAGCAAUUGUAUUUCCGUGUUUAUACGACAUCAACUUCAAUCAGGGAUGAAUACCCUAUUCCAAGAAAUGCACGUCUUUGUGGGAGAGCAAGUGGCCGACGCACACGACCCCUCUAGAGUCCACUCCAGCAACUGAGCAAAGUGUGAUUAGCCCUGUCUAGCUUAGUGUGUGGAGGAUGAAGCCGUGAAGGUGGAAGAGUAGAGUGUUGCUUCUGAUUCGUUCCUGGUUCGCCUUUUUAUUACUAUUUAUGAUGUGAAACACGGAGCAUUCAUGUACCAUUUCAACUGAGGAAGACCUCAGCUCGAGGUCAUAUUCUUUCUAGACCAGAUUGUCAUUCCCUUUAAAUUGUCAUGUUUCAGGUUUUAUAUACCUAAAUUAAUCACUUAUGAUAAGGUUAGGUGACCG